AAAAGGCCCAUUAAAGGCCCACUUCAACGUGGUGGAUAUGCAUAUAUAACUGCGAAGUAACCCUAACCGUCAAUAGCCUCCGCCUCUCCUUCCAGUGUCCGCCGUCGUGCGCUCGCUACCCCUCUCCCUCGAGGCCUUUGCCGGCGAAGAGCGCCCAGUCGCCCACCAGGAUGAAGUUUGUUGCUGCCUACCUGCUUGCUGUCCUCGCUGGGAACUCCAGCCCCUCUGCCGAGGACUUGACAGCCAUUCUGGAGUCAGUUGGCUGUGAAGUUGACAAUGAAAAGAUGGAACUCCUUCUGUCCCAACUGAGCGGUAAGGACAUUACCGAGCUCAUUGCUGCUGGCAGGGAGAAGUUUGCUUCAGUCCCAUGUGGCGGUGGCGGUGUGGCUGUUGUGGCAGCUGCCCCUGCUGCUGGCGGCGCUCCUGCAGCUGAGGCGAAGAAAGAAGAGAAGGUGGAGGAGAAGGAAGAAAGUGAUGACGACAUGGGCUUCAGCCUCUUCGACUAAGCCUGUGCAAUAGUCAAGAGUAUUGUUUUUGAGUCGCGGAAGCAGAGGGAAGAAAAAUCGUAGUCAUGUUUGGACUUUAACUUUGUUUUAUGUUGGAAAGUACUUGAAAGACUUUUCCUGUGGUAAUUCUAGGCGUAGGUUGCUGUGCUGGUUGGGGUUUACUGGUGAACCAGAGUUUUUCUAUCUCCCACUAUGAAUUUGUUACCUCAAGUUACCUGGAUGUUCACUAUUUUGUUGGUACAUGUCGAUUUUGCCUCGUGCAUCCGUG